AUGGUUUCAGGAGAGCGAUGGAUUCUGACCUCUCCGAAGACAGGCCAGCAGUGGGAUUUCCCCAGUGCCUGGGCGCCCUUGCAGGACCUGGUCAUCAGAGGUCUGGCCAAGUCUCCUUCACCUCGGGCCCAGGAAGUGGCUUUCCAGCUGGCUCAGAAUUGGAUCCGAACCAACUCUGAGGUCUACUCCCAAAAAUCAGCCAUGUUUGAGAAGUAUGACAUCAGCAACGGUGGGCAGCCAGGUGGAGGAGGGGAGUAUGAAGUUCAGGAGGGCUUUGGCUGGACCAAUGGAGUGGUCCUGAUGCUCCUGGACCGCUACGGUGACCGGCUGACCUCGGGGACCCAGACAGCUUUCCUGGAACCCCACUGCCUCACAGCUGCCCUCCUGCUCAGCCUCCUGCUCAGCCUCCUGCCCAGCCUCCUGCCACGGUGAUGGGCCUCCCUGCCCCGUCUGCCUCAUUAACCUUCUGUGUGAGUCCCUACCUUCUCUUGCUUCUUCUUCCCCCGCCCCCAGCCAGUCCUUGGAGUGGGGUCAGAGUAGGGACCUAGAAGUCAUGGGUUGGGCCCUUGUGCCUCCUGGAACAUCAAUGAGGAGGAA